AUGGAAGAAAUAGGAGUGCGACCGUAUUUGCUUACGAACUUGUGUACUAUAGUGUCUCCGCCCCGGCAUGGAUGGUUUAGCUCGGUGAGAUUGGCUAUCAUGACCGAAAUUCGUUUUAUUUUAGUAGAACACCAAGGGAAUCCAUCGAAGAAUGCUUUAUUGUUACGCCAGCGCCGUGAUGUAGACUUCUUAGCAAAUUCGAGUUUACUUGUAGAAGAGUUGAUCCAAAAUCUACGUGAUUCCGCUAAACAAGCUCUGGAAGCUGUGAACAAAUUCACAUCUGGCAUCAAUGAUCUGGGAAAACAAUUUGCCGAAAAAAUUGUAGAUGACAUAAAGAACUUUAGACAAAGAUUUAAUGAUGCAAUUAAAAAUAUCACGGACAGAUUUACGGGGGCCGAGCAGGGCGUGCGCAACUGCAUUGAGUCGCACGCAAAGGAAUCAGACGACGUUUUCGUGGAUAUUAUUGACAAAUCAAAACUAUGUGCCGAUAAACGCAUUGAAGAUGUUGAAAACUUGAUCGAAUCCCUUAAAAAUCUAGCAUCUAAUGCUACGGACUACAUCAGUAACGUUGUGACCGAAUUAAAACAAUGUAAUGAAAACGGACAAGGAAUUAUAAUCGCCGGCGCGUGUUUUGGACGCAUUGCUGUAACAACUGAGUUAAAUGGAGCUGUUUUCGCUACUCAGAGUGGAUUUUUGAUCGCUCGUAUCGACCUAGCUUUGGCAACGUUGCCAGCAGCUCUGGAAAUAUGUGCGGGUGCAGGGAUCGUAGAGGCCGGAGUACGCACCGCUAAGAUUUACGUGGACAUUGGAAGCUGCUCUGUUUCUUCGAUUUAUACUUCUCUUAUUGGCAAUAACGAAUCUCCUACAUUAAGUUCAGUU